AUGGCGGAGAAGAAUUUGUUUUCUUGGACGGCUUUGAUAUCUGGGUUGGUACAGAGUGGACAAUGGAUUAAUGGGUUUAAUCUCUAUAUUGAAAUGAGGAGAGCAGGGGUUGAUAUUGUAGACCCUUUUAUUCUUUCAAGCAUUGUUGGAGCCUCAGCUAAUUUAGCAGCAUUGGAGCUUGGAAAACAGAUUCAUUGCUUAGUUUUAUCUUUUGGUUAUGAAUCUAGUUUAUUUGUUAGUAAUGCACUUGUUGAUAUGUAUGCUAAAUGUAGUGACAUACUAGCAGCAAAGACCAUUUUUGAUACUAUGUGCCGAAGAGAUAUAGUUUAUUGGACUUCAAUUAUAAGAAAUUCUUUGGUUUUACUGAAGUUUCUCAGGGUUGAUCCAGAGAAAUUCUUUGGUUUUUAA